GAUCUCCAGACUCCUCUGUACCUACUGAAGACUCAACGAGUCUCGACAAUGCAGCUGUCAGUCCUGGUGCUGUCCGUGGGCGUCGCUCUGUGCGGGGCGGUGCCACGCUACGAGCUGCCCGGACCCUGGCCGGCGACCCAUCAGGGCCCCUUCCUGGAGCGCGAGGAGGCCGCCAUGAUGCCGGCGGAGUUACUGGUGGCGCGGGAGAGGCCUCGCCGCUCGCUGCAGCCGGGCGCGCCGCAGUACCCGCUGCCCGGCGCGCAGCCCGCCCAGCGCGACAACGACGUGGCGGUGUCGGCGACGAGGGAGCGGGGCGUGGGCACCGUGGUGGACGCCCAGGGCCGCGCCAACGUGUGGCGCAGCGACGACGGCAACACGCGCGUCGACGCGCACGGCCGCUGGACGCGCGUGUACGACGGGCCGGCGCGCGGCCAGCGCUCGCACAGCGCGGGGGUCGUGUUCUCGCACCGCUGGCGCUGAUCCUCGCCCGUGCACAACAACACGUGUGAACACAUACAUCUGCCUUGCUGCAGAAACAUUGCAAAGAUAACUUUUUAAUGUGUCUAAAGUAAACCUUGUAGAGAUAUGUUUCUGCACUGUUCCUAAAACUUAUUAUUACCUAUCAACUGAAAAACAUUUUUAAGGUUAUGUAACUGCAAAAUUUAGUUUUAAGAGACACCACCUGCUAUCAAUUGGAAACAUCGUAAAAAUAAAUUAACCGUUAUUUCUUUAUGAGCAUAAAUCUGAAAUAUUGCAAAAGAAUACAAUUUUUCAUUUCUGCAAUGUACCCGAGUCGUUGAGAUCUUGUUUAGAAUUUAAUUGCAAGUCACUUUAAACGAGCACAAAUAAAAAAAUUGUUACUUUGUGUGAAUGUGCAAAUGGGUUAUGUUGCAAAAUUUGUACAGAUUUUAAAUAUGAUAAUGUAACAUUUUUUUUCUUUUGAAUGAAACAUAUUGUGAUUUAUGAAAUAUGACAGCAAUAGGAAUUCACAAGUAUUCACAGGUACCAAUUUUAAUAUGUGGAGGGGUGUGAUACUUACGUUAUACUUUUUGUCACAGGUUAAGGAGUAAAGAGUUCAAAAUAGUUUGGUCCUUCUCGAUUCGGUGCCAAUGCUAGCAUACGUUUUGCGGUAUAACUUCAAAUUUCUUUUUUUUUCUAAUUACAAAUACGUAAUGUAACCAUACAGUAUAAUUAUUUCAAUGACUGUAAAUUGUUUCACUGGUGUAAUUGCAUAUACGUGGAUAGAUCAAGAAUAAUCCUUAAAGUAAUAAUUACAAUCUUGUUUCAAAGUUUUUGUUUGAAAGAAAUUUAGAUACAAUUAAAAAAAUAUUUUAAUUUGAUAUUUACGACAUUUUUAAGUUUCUAAAAUUUCUUCUAAACCAACUACUUCUGGAAAUAUUUCUGUACAGAUGAUAAGACCGCACUUUUUCCAAUUUUUUAAAUAUUAGGAAAAAGAUUUGUUACUUCGGUUCCAUUGACAUUGCCCUGUUUGUGUUUGUUUAGUAAAAUUAUGUUUUAAACUCUCAUAUUUUAUGCAUGAUUAGGUUACUAAUGUACUAUUUUGCAGGAACACUAUUAGUCCAAUUGAGCUCUUAAGUUAGACAUAAGAUAUUUUAUCUUUAUAGAUACGUUUGUAAAAAUUUGGUAAUUCUUGUAUAUGUUCGUAUAAAUAUUUAAUAUAGUGAAAUGUAUCAUGUAAUGUUUAGUAAUUGAAAAUAAAUGGUUUUAUGUCCAAACAA